CUUUAAGAUGCGUAUCAUUUUUCAGUAAAUACAACAACUAUAUUAUCAGUAUUAAUUUCACAAGUGGUCGUCUCGUUGGAUGUUCUUUACGAACUACAUAAAUUGACCAGAUGAAUUACACGAAGAGGAUAUGUUUCUUUAUUCUAUUUAUAUUCAAAGAAUUCAGCACCGUAAGGUCAAUAAUCGAUUCAUCUGAAAAAUAUGAUAUUACAGAUGUCGUUCAUGAUUCCAUCAAAGACGCGUUACACGCUAAUCAUUUGUCAGUAGGAUUAUAUAACAGCAUAUUAUAUCCGCAACUUGCUUUUUACGCCGCUGAAAAUCCUGUAAAAAGCAAGCGUUUCUCAGACUUCGUUUUCUUCAGCCGUUUAUAUUUCAUAAUAACAGAAAAUUCAGGUUAUUCAGUUCGUUGGAACAUUUCAAAAAAUGAAACGUUUGUAGGCGUCAGCAAUAUGUCAAUCUUUAUACAUGGGAUGGUGCAUAUGUGGCAAAAUAUUUCCGACUGUGCUUAUUUCUCAGGAUUUCUUGAAAUCAACAACAUAUCGGUAUGUGUCAGGCACUUAACUAACGGUGAUGAAGAUAAGAAGAUCAACACCAGUGUUUCAUUUGGUUUUGAAGGCAUUAAAGGAGACAACACAAUAAUUCGUGAUUACGAAAUCGAAUAUAAAGAACGACAAAAGAUGGUGUACAUUGUCAAUAACUUACUUCCAAAGAUGAUAAAACAUCGUAUGACUAGUAACAAGAACUUUUCGCAAUGUUUGAGAGACAGCCCUUACGCUCAGCCUAAUCAUAAAAUUAUCUCAAAAUAUCCAGACUUUCACGCUAACAAAGAAAAGUUCUACUAUUUAUUACCUCCUAUUGCUCUCGAACUAAUCAGCUUCAGCGACAUUAGGAUCGUAGGUUUAUCGAAUUUUGAAUCACUGGAGGCCAAACGACAUCCACCAAACCUUAGAUUCGAUUUAUUAAAAAUUGAACAUGGUGUACCGAAGGAAGAACCGAAAUACUAUCACAUCUUACAAAUUAAUGAUAUUUAUGGAAGUAUGGUCUUGAGAUACGGCAAGGAAAAGCCAGAGUUCAAAAAACAAAUCGCUGCGAUAAAUUUCACAAUUAAUCGACUUUCCAUGCUAGUUGACAUGUCAAAGAACCGUACAAUGUUUAAAGCGAAGGACUACUCGAUUACUGAAUUUCCUCGAAACUUUUCAAUUCCAAUAACCAAUUGGUUAUCGAAAUUUUCGUCGACGAUAAUGAGACACAUCGAAUCAGCAAUGGCACAUUCCAUUAUACUGCGAGGAUUGCGGCGUCGUCGACUUAACGUUCAGGUAAAUAAUGCAUCCAGUUUGGAGUCGAGUACGCGUCAAAUGGAAAAUUCAUUUACUCAAAAACAUGGUAAAAUCAAGUCAUCAUAUGAUAUUUGAACGCCAGGUCAAAUCAGCUGUUCAUGUAAGAAUGGUAAAUCGUUAACAAUACGUAAAGUCGUCUGGGUAGAGAUUGUUCGAUUUGAUUAAAUAGGUACCUCGCUACCUAUAUUGGUAGAUAUAUGUAAUGUAUUAUAAAAAAAAAUCGUGUUGCGUAUUGUUAGAUCGAAGUAGCAGAACUUGGAGGUCACCAAAGUAGGGAUUAUUUUUUUUUAACACACACACACGCAAUUCACCCUGUUUUUUCAGUAAAUCAUAAUUUUGCUAAAAUUUUAAAAUUACAUUGCUUUUUUGGAUUUUUUUUUGAAAAUUUGAAAUAAAAGGUAAUUUGAAAGUACCCAUCUGAAGCAAAUGAAACAAUACGUUUUAUAGAUCGAGUAAUUCAAGUUUCAAAACAAGUUUACAGAUUUUUUUUGUAAUUCUUUAGCGCAUGCUUCUUAUCAACAUUGCAAGAAAAACAUUUUUUGAAGAAAAAAUGAAAAUGUCAAGUUGUUUUGUAACAGUGGGGUUAGACUGGACUGCUAGAAGAAUGGAUUAUGAUAAUUUUCUCCUAAGGUGGUUUUCUGAGAAAUAUUCCUUUGAGAAGGAACAUUUACCAAAUUAUACCUGGCUAGCUCUAGAAUAGACAAUCCUUUCUACCUCAAUGAACACAGUGAGAAGUUAUUAUACUAAGUAUAAAUAAAGAAAGCCUUUUCAAACCAA